AUGGAGGAGGAUGCGUGUAUAAUAUGCUAUGACGAGUAUACAAUAGGAAUUGUGACAGAGUGCGGGCACAAGUGCUGCCUAAAGUGCGGGCUGCGUUAUAAAUUUAUAAGCAACAAGUCCGGGUGCCCAAUAUGUCUUAGGGAGGUGCCCGAUGAAGAAAUGAUGUUUAAAGUUACAAAAAGCCAGAACGAGCGGUUUUCGCACACAGAAAGCUCGUAUGUGUGGGCAAACUGUAUAGUGUGCAACCCGGACGAAAUAGAGCGGAUAGAAGAGAUCAUGGCAAGGUCCUGCAAAAUGUGCAAGAGCGAGUUUUAUGACAGCGAGACGCUGAUGAAGCACUAUGUUUCAAAGCACAAAAGAUACCUGUGCGAGCUGUGCGUGGAAUUUCGAUGCGAAUUCCCCUUUGAAUACGUGGUCUACAGCAUGGAGGAGCUUGCAAAGCACCGCACAGACAAGUCAGUGGGAAACAACCAUCCAAUGUGCGGGUUUUGCAGGGAGCGGUUUUACACGCCGGAAAUUCUGGUCAAGCACUGCAAGAAAGCGCACGAGGUUUGCUACUUGUGCGAGCGCUUGGGGAAGAAAAACGAGUACUACAAAAACUACCAGGAGCUGGAAAACCACUUCAAAAAGAUCCACUACACGUGCACCGAGAAGAUGUGCCUGGACGCGCGGUGCUACGCGUUUAUAGACGAGGUUGAGCUGGCUGCGCACAAGGCGUCUGUCCACCCUGCAAAAAAGGAGAAAAAAGUAAAGCUGCAGUGCCCAGUGUCUAGUGAAAGAAGAAGACAGCAGGCCCCGCAAAGGGAAGAGCCCCGGGUGGAGGAAGUCCCAAAGCAUUUAGACAGAGACGAGCUGCUGCGAAACAGAAACAUGAAGGAGAAGUACACCGCCAUGAUAAAAAGGACAUACAAGCCUGCGAAUGAGCUGACCGAGCUGUCUUCCAAGUACGAUGAGAUGAAAAUCACGCUGGAGGAGUUUGUCCAGGAAGUGCAAAAGAAUCUUACAGAUGAAAAAACUAUUGAAUUUAUAGAGAAGAUGACCACGUAUCUCAUGCCAGACAGGAUGGAAGAGAUAAAGAGCAAGUUUCCUAAGAUACGGCGAACUAUUGAGUUUUCUCCGAGCAAGCCACUGGCCCAGAGCCAUGCCGUCUCAGGGGAACGGCCUGCGAAUAGAGAGGAAGACGUGCCAGAAAGCCCAAACACACUGGAGCAGGCGUGUGAAAAGGCUGCGCCAGCUGCGCGCCCGCCCAAAACAAAAGACGUGAAGCUUGCAUGGUCGUCUGCCCUGACAAAAUCAGCCUGGCUGAACAAGCCUGGGCCUUCUGUGAUAAAGCCUGUGCAUAUUUCCAAUCUAGAAAUCAAGCUGCCACAAGCCAAGAAGAGGCAGGAGAAAAAGGAAAAGUGA